GAAGAGCGUAUUUCAACCGCAAAACGAACUCAAAACUCGAGCUAAUCGCUGCAUAAAUUGCCGGUCGAAUUGAACAAUUGAACAGUCUCAGUUUGCAGCUCAAAUUGGAAAUAAGCGCCAAACGCAAAAAACACUCCCCAAAUCGUCAGUGUCGACCAGCAAUAAUAUCACAUAAAAAUAAUAAUAAGCAAGCAGCUGUUUGCAUUCGCGUGUUUUGAAGUAAUUUAUAGUUGGAAAACUAUUUCAUCUGAACCAUGCGGUUGGUGAUUUUGGAGACGAGCGAUUCGGUUGGCAAGUGGGCGGCCAAAUAUGUGAUGAAACGGAUUAAUGACUUUCAGCCAACUGCCGACAGAUACUUUGUUUUGGGCCUGCCCACAGGAUCCACUCCCCUGGGAAUGUACAAAGAACUGAUUGAGUUCUACAAGCAGGGCAAGGUCUCCUUCCAAUUUGUAAAAACCUUUAAUAUGGAUGAGUAUGUAGGCCUGCCCCGGGAUCACCACGAAAGCUAUCACUACUUCAUGUGGCACAACUUCUUCAAGCACAUCGACAUCGAGCCAAAAAAUGUGCACAUUUUGGAUGGCAAUGCAGUUGAUCUGGUGGCCGAGUGUAACAAGUUUGAGGAUCUGAUCCGCGAGGCCGGAGGAGUGGAGCUAUUUAUCGGUGGCAUUGGACCCGAUGGGCAUAUUGCCUUCAACGAACCCGGAUCAUCGUUGGUUUCCAGGACCCGGGUGAAAACUCUGGCGCAGGACACGCUGGAGGCGAAUGCCCGAUUCUUUGACAACGAUAUGAGCAAGGUGCCCAAACAAGCCUUGACCGUGGGCGUUGGCACUGUGAUGGACUCCAAGGAGGUGAUGAUCCUCAUCACAGGAGCCCACAAGGCGUUUGCCCUGUACAAGGCCAUCGAGGAGGGUGUGAAUCACAUGUGGACCGUGAGUGCCUUCCAACAGCAUGCCAAUACCCUGAUGAUCUGCGACGAGGAUGCCACCUUGGAGCUGAGAGUUAAGACCGUGAAAUACUUCAAGGGCAUUCUCAGAGAUCUAGACGAUGGCUCCCAACAGGAGGGCUACACAAACUGAUUUUGCGUAAAGUAUCCAAACUUUAUUUUGCUUUAUCAACAAAACACACACUUUAUGUAUCUGAAACAAUGUUUAAUCUUUGUAAUACAAAACACAAAUUUAUAGAUGGUUAAAGAAAAUGAAAUGUAAGACUGUGUCAUCAAAAGAAUGAAAAACUCUGCCAAAGAAUUGGAGAUCGGAUGGAAGACUGCCUGCGGCUAAAUACUGGCUCAUAUUUACCAAGCUUUAAAGAAGACAAUAAAACUGAAAUAUUUAAUAUAAGCUAAAA